AACGACCGACGAUAAAGCGCGCUUAUCUUUUCAUUAUAAAAUUAAUGAAGACGAAGACCAUUUGCAUAGUAAAAUGUCUGAGAUGAACAACGUUAUUUGUGGGCCGGUGGUUUACGGUGAAAUAUCGAAGAUCUCCGUCGGUUUGCACCUUUACAAAACGCUGAAAGCUAACGCUGAUCUGGAAUUGAUUGAUCUGACGAAUGACCUAAAGGUUACGUACGGAGAACUGCUGGCGUCCUCUUGCAGACUCGCCGAGUAUUUCGGAAGCUGCGGCCUCGGACCGGGCGACGUGAUCUCAGUUUGCAGCGAGAACAGCGUGCACUUCUUCAAACCGGUAUUGGCUGCCUUCUUUACCGGUAUCACCGUAGCAACCAUCAAUCACACGUACGCUGAAAAUGAAUUGCAGCACGCGCUUGAUUUAGCAGAGCCGAAGAUCGCGUUUUGUUCGAAGGCAACGUUGAGCGCUUUCCAAAAACUCGAAGCGAAACGCAGCGUACAAUAUUUACGCAAAGUGUUAGCGCUCGAAGAUCUCGAUGUUGUUAUUAAGGAAGAUGGAAAGAGUUUUAAACCGAUUGAUUUGGAUGUUGAAGAAACUGUGGCUGCUAUAUUGUAUUCCUCAGGUACCACUGGGUUAUCGAAAGGUGUUAUGAUAACGCACCAAAACAUUAAUUUCAAAUACAAUCACGUCACAGAUCCACGGUAUCAGUUGUUAGACGAUAACCGAUUCGUGGUGGUGCCUUUCUACCACGCGUUCGGUUUCAUGCUAAGUAUAAUUUCGAUGAUGGAUGCGAAAUCGAUCAAAUUUCUUGAAAAGUUCGAUGAAAUUCUUUACCUGGAAAGUUUGGAAAAGUACCAGAUCAGGGCUAUUGCGGUGGUCCCUCCGCUUAUGGUCCUUCUAGCCAAAAGCCCGAGAGUGAGUCAAUAUAAAUUGAAUUUAGAGGAAAUCGGCUGCGGCGCCGCUCCGCUCAGUAAAUCCUUAGCGCAGGAAGUCAUUAAAAGAUUGAAUAUAAAAACUGUGAAACAAGCUUACGGAUUGACGGAAGCGACUUUGGGUGUGAUGCAUUCUCCUACGGGAUCUACCCGAUUCGGCUCCUGCGGUCAAGUACUUUCCGGUACUUGCGUGAAGAUCCGCGACACGGAAACAGGAAAAGCGCUCGGACCUAAUCAAUUGGGAGAGAUCUGCAUUAAAGGAGGUUCGAUUAUGAAGGGUUACUAUCGCAACGAGGAGGCAACCAAGGCUACAUUAACAAGUGACGGAUGGUUGCUAACCGGAGACGUCGGUUACUACGAUGAGGAUGAAUACUUUUACAUUGUAGACCGUCUUAAAGAGCUGAUCAAGUACAAAGGGUUCCAAGUGGCCCCAGCUGAAUUGGAAGCUUUGUUGCUGACUCAUCCGAAGAUAGCCGAUGCUGGGGUCAUAGGAUACCCAGAUGAAAGGGUUGGCGAGAAACCCAUGGCUUUCGUGGUGAAGAAACCGGGUGCAGUUGUUGAUGAGAAAGAGGUUAAGGAUUUCGUGAAAGGUAAAGUUUCUACAGCGAAACACCUGCACGGAGGAGUCGUAUUCGUGAAUGCUAUACCGAAGAAUCCGACCGGGAAAAUCUUGCGAAGGGAAUUGAAGAAGCUUAUAAAAAUUAACUCAAAAUUGUGAGGAAACGAAAAUUUAAUUAUAAAAAAAAUGUAAUAAAUUUAGAUAGAUUUCCCUCUUAACAUAUUUGGAAACAAAACCAAAUUAUUUGAAUUUAAUUGUUGGCACUAUUGAAACAAAUAAAACAAU